GAUCCUUCCUGGCUGGUUGGUUCCCUCUCCCUGUCUCUCUCUCUCGACAGCAGCAAUAAUCCCAAAUGAUGGGUUCAUUUCGGAACCAGUCUCGGCCAUCAAAAAAUAAACAAGAUAGAGGAUGGUUGGGGCGGAGUUUUCAGCCACAGAACUUCAUUCCAGGACUUGUAAUCGGCUUCAUUUUUGGUAUGUUGUUGGAUUUAUUAAAACCCAUCAAAAGGAAUGCUACUACAAGGAGAAAGAGCAAUAGGUUCUUAUCAAAUUCAAAUAACCCUGAUGAAGAUCUCAAAAUGGUUCUCGUUGUUAGACAAGACUUGAAGAUGGGACAAGGAAAAAUUGCAUCUCAAUGUGCUCAUGCUGCGACUGGUUUAUAUUCUAAACUAAUGCAAAGCCAUCAGAAUCUUUUGCAUCGGUGGGAAGCCUGCAGGCAGGCCAAAAUAGUAGUCUCAUGUAAAAAUGAACAAGAAAUGAAUAAGCUGCAGGAAGCAGCAGAGAGCAUUGGCCUUCCAACUUAUGUUGUAGCUGAUGCAGGACGCACACAGGUUUUAGCAGGGUCAAAAACUGCUCUUGCUAUCGGUCCGGGGUACAAUUCUGUUGUUGAUUCAGUUACGGGGAAGCAACGCUUGCUUUGAUGUCAAUGUUGGCAUUUCGGAAAUCGCUAUUUGGGUUCCGAAAAUCUGAAGAAUGGUGGUUAUCUUGAAGCAGUAGAUGUAGCUUUUUCUUCUUAUUUUGGGUAAAUGGAAUUGCAGCUUCUAUGAUUUGGGUAUGUCAUGUUUUAUGAAUCAAUAGAAAUGGAAAGAGUGUUUAGUUGAUAUACAAAUUCAAAAUUUUGAUUGAAUGCAUUUGCUACCAACUUAAAGUAUAGGGGCAGUGGAUAAGAUAAGUGGGCACAUGCCAUGGUUUUGUUUCU